AGGAAAAUGCGGGAAUGCAAACGAAUGGGUGAAAUAAGAUGGCGGACCAAUUAAGAGUGCCGCGCUGAUACAUUUUAUUCUUUAUUUGUGACAAGGGGUAGUAUUUUAGAAAUGAGAACUCGAGUAUUUAAUGAAUUAACAUUAAUUAACGCGUAAACAGGUAGGAAACGAUAUAAAAAUCUGGCCGUGUCCGUCUGUAACGGUAAUAUCGUUUAAUACGGGCGAGAUCCAUAAAUAAAACAAUUGGUUAUAUACAUAUGUUUUUCAAAUCGACGAAUGCUAUUAUAUAUUUUGUAUUGAGCACUCGUUUCGGGAGAGAGACGCCGACGCCCGGCGCCGACGUCGUUUUUAAAGCGUCAACGUUGUGCCAGAGUAAUCUCACCCAAUCCGGGUGACUCAUAAGUAAAAAAAAUCGUUAGAAUAAUCAACCCUCUUGGACACACUGGCACAUCGUAAAGAUGCAUCGGUGAAAAGUUUUAUUCUCGGACGUUUUCUACGUUUUUCAUUGAGGUGUUAAGAUAACGGGAACAGGGAGAGGGGGGGGAAAGAAAAUAUAACAAUGGGUAAUGAAUUUAACAUCGUGAACGAAGAGGCGUGAUAUCGUUUAACGGUUAAUAAUAUUUUUUUUUCAAAUUCGUGCUCCAUUGAGAUUAUUCUCGUUGUGCGAAAGAAACGUGUCCAUUUUCACGUGGUAGCUCGUGAUAGCUCCUCAGCGGUUUUCUUUCGGUUGAUUUUGAAAUGGGUACGGCGGGUCGCGAUUUCGAGCGCGAUCGGGAGGACGAGCUCCACUGUCGAAUUUGUGCUAGUGACAUACCAAGAAACGACGGAGUCCACAUUUUCGCCGAGGAUGGUAGACGGCACUACCUGCAAACCAAAAUACGAAAAUAUCUGUACAUCUCGGUGUCCUCGGAAGAUAAGUUUUCAAAAAUGGUGUGUGUUACGUGUGUCAAGAGAUUAGAAAGCAUUCAUCGCUUUGCAAUGAUGGCAUAUAGAACACAAGAGAAACUAAAAUUGCAAUUAUAUAAUAGUACUGAAAACACCAAUGUUAUACAAGAUGUAGGCUUGGAAAGUUCUAAAGACAUGCAGGAUGGAACAAAAAAGGUGGAGGAUCGGGGACUGCUACAUACAAUAUUAACAAAAGGUGCAAUAGAAAUUUUGGCUGAAGGUGAACCAUUGGGACCAUCGGAAUUAAUCUCGCAGGAGGAUAAAUGCCCUACUCCAAGCAUGGAAGAAAUGGAAGUUAAAGUAGAUCCAAUGUUAUUUUUACAAUACGGUAUGGAAGAGUCAGAGUCAGAAACUUCAGAGGUAUCGGAUACAGAGGAUAAAAUAACAAGAGUCGAUUCUCCAGAACCAUUAUCGUUAACAAACAAAACCGAAGAUACAAAGAAGGAGAAGAAAGAAGAGAACAGUGAUGAUAAAGCACAAGAAGAUGAUGAGGAUCUUGUUUCCAAUGCAUCAUCCAAACCUCACGAAUGUACAAUAUGUUCUAGAUCCUUUAUAUCACAAAUUGGUCUACAAAAUCAUUUGUGGUCUCAUUUGCCUAAAGAUAAGCGAGCCGAUGGAAAGCCUAUUUUAAGAUCACAACAAGUAUAUUCGACUAACGGCGUUCUUCAUAUGAAUAUCGAUAACAAUUCAUCUGGAAACUUUGUGUGUCCAAUUUGUAGUAAAAAAAUAUCUACUAAGGGUAAUCUAAAAGUGCAUUUGGAAACUCAUCGGCCUAAGGGAAAGUAUGAUUGUGACAUAUGUGGUAGAAUCUUUAAAACACAGUCAAACUUGUUCAGACACAAGGAAUACCAUGGUGGCAUACAGUUCCCAUGUAACGUAUGUGGAAGAGUUUAUCCAACAAAUUCAACAUUACGCGCUCACAGCAUCACACAUUCAGAUCUUAGACCGCAUGCGUGUUCUCUUUGCAACAAAACAUUUAAAAGAAAUCAGGAUCUAAAGUUUCAUAUGAAUCAACAUACAGGUGCAAGACCUUACCAGUGCCCCUACUGUCCAAGAGCUUUCGCAAGUUCAGGUAACUGUUUUUCACACCGAAAAAGAAUGCAUCCUCGAGAGGUACAUCGAGACAGGCAAAGAGCGGCAGACUUAAUGAGAUGAACCAUGGGUAAUCAGUACGAAGAAUGGUUUUAGAGAAAUGUAAUAAUUUAGGGAACGGUCGUAUUAGCUGUUACGAAAUGAACGAGCUUUAGUUUCAAAUAUUAAUGGUGCUAACACGAGAGGUAAAAAGAACAUUUUGUAUGGUUUGAUUGACUCGUUUCUAGUUAGCGUUAGGUGUCGUUAUUGUUACCAAUGGGCACUUAGUUGUUUGUUCUUAAACCGUAACUAGGUUUCCUUUAUACAGAAUAGCAAGAAACAGAUAUAUAUUUUUCUUAAUUUUUUACCUUAUUAAUGUUACUGAAUAUAUACUUCCAUUGUUGUUAACGAAUUUAGUGAUCAUUAUUUUAUAACUUAUACGUACAUAGUACAAGUGAUAAUAACAAUAGGUUUUAAACACUCUAGUCGAAAUAAGAAAUUUGUAUUUUUUACUGGUUUAUCUAUAUUUAUCGCGUAAAUAUUUUCUUCUUCAUCAUUAAGGGAUAGAAAUUAUAAUUAGACAGCUCUCGGUACCAUUACUUAGAGAAGAUUCUACGAAAGUUCAAUAUUUAAAUGGAAGCAACAAUUAUUAAAUAACACGAUAACGAUAACAGCAUUACCGAUAUACAGUAUUAUUCAAGUCGUUUCAAAUUAGGAUAUGUUAACUUAUUGAUAAUGAAUACAAUGAAGUAUUAAAUAUUAAGCUAGGGAUAAUACUUUUUAUGAGUUCGGUAGAACUAAGUAAAAGGUCGUUGAAAGGUACUUAGUGAAAUAAAAACUGUGAUUUUUUAUAAAUCAGCGGAAGAAUCAUUGAGGUAUAAAAAUUGAUCCGCACUCCGGAUUGGAUUAAAGUACUGUUCUACUCGAACGUUCGAGUAAAGUGAAUAUCGUACUUAGAAAUAGUGCUGGCACAAGUAAUUUAUCAAUCGUUUGCGCCCGAAAUUUGUGUUCUUCGAUAUUGCUAGUUUUUCAAAUCACAAACUAGUUAGACAUUAUGCGUAACAUGUUUGAGCGGCAUGUACUUAAUAUCGUUUAACGGACAAGGAGUACAAAGGUUUAACGUUCAAGCAUUUUACGUUUAAUCGAUAGUUUCUUCGUCGGGGAGGCAAUCUUAUUUUAUUAUUAUUAAAAAUACACACAUACACACACGCGUACACGAACAUACACACAUAUAUAUAUAUAUAUAUAUACACACACGUACACCUAAACGGAUUUGAGUGACGUCGAAGGUUCUAAAAGAAAGCGCGUUAUUUUGUCCAUACAAAGUAUUGCUGUGCAACAGUGAGUAUUUCAUAAGAUUACAUUAUACAAGACAGUGACCAAAAGAAAAACCAGAGGGGAAACGAAAACGUCGGAGGAGACGGGAAAUAUUCUUGUGAACCGAGGGAAAGUUCGUGGUUCUGGGGGAUAUUUUUAGCACGAUAAACGAGCAUCAUCAUUGAGUAACGUUUAAGACUGUAUACGAAAAUUCUGUGUCAAAUUAGGGUAACGCAUUAUUAAUGUAAGUAUAGUAUACGAUAUCAAUGGCCGUAUUGUCAUGAGAGAUGAGUCUAGUUUAUUCAGAUGCAGUAUUCCACGAGCUAAACGUAAUAAAACGAAGUAGAGGUCGUAGACUACGUUACGGACGAUCACACAGUGUUAUUCUUUUAAACAGGUCUGUAACGAUUAAAGUAAAUGUUAACUGAAGUCUGAGUAGCUUUAGGGGGAUCUAGGUAGAUAAGUUUAUAGGAGCUGUGUAAUUGGUAGAGAUCAUAGACCGUGCUUCCGUAUAACGUACACAUUCGCACACGUGUUGCAUAGUCCAAAAGAGGAGAAUAAACGAGAUCGUAACGGCGAUCGACAAGGCGACUGCUAAUAAGUAGACUGUCGAUUUUGUGUUUGCACCGGAGGAGUGCAAAGUAUGAUCGACGUAGAAACGCAGUAAAAUUUUCGUAUCGGUUCGAAUCAAACGAAAUCAAUAAUAGAAAUCAGUCGUUCAUUUGAUCUCGUAGCGAAUCAAGAUCCGCAGUCUACUGAUAAGUUAGUGAGUAGGCAUUUCACGGCGAAAGAAUCUUGUGUAACAAUGUUGCUACGUUAGUGAUAGUAGGGUGACCAAGCUUUCGCCUCGGCGAUUAUAUUUGAAAUUCAAUGGACCAAACAUCUUUUUAGCUCCAAUUCUACCAGAUACGGGAAAUUAGCUGAAUAACGCGUCAACGUGUUUAACGAUAAAUGUUACUUAAUCGUUGAGCGACAAGUCGGUUCAACGGUUCGGGGAACGUGAAAGCUUCCAUGGGUCGCCCUAGCUUGUUAGGAACACAAUCGUAUAUUUUGCGAUUACGUUUUUCGAGGACGCUUGCCAAUUGCAUAGUAACGCAACUGGGGAUAAUCGAGCGAUCGUGUAUCCACGGAAAUAAUCAAUUUUUCUAAAGAAAACAAAGGAAAACCGCAGACAAGAUGGUCCACGAUCUUGCUCUUAUGGCUCAAUUUUUACGUCUAGCUCUUCGAGCAGGGACGAGCAAAUUGUCUCGGAUAGAAUUGUUAUCGUUACCGUCGCUGAAACACGCAUCUAUAAUUCGAACAAUUAAUCUCUUCAACCGACCAGUCAAACCAUCUAUUCGUAUUCGAUCGAGAAGUUCGGACAGCCCGAACGAUUUGCUCGGUCCCUGCCGCGGCGAGCGAAAAAUUGAGUUGAACCAUUUUCUCUGAAAAGUCCACGUAUCGGAGGUGACUAGCAUCUAACUAGCGAUUAAACGAUAUCUCAAAAGUGCCAGUAACCCAGUGAACUAACGUAGCGUAUUCCAGCAGACGAAUACUGUGGAUAAUUAUUUGUAGAACCAAGAUAUCAGUUAUCGAUAAUAUCAAU